GGAGGACGGACCUCGGAGGUCGGAGCUGCUCCCUGGGGAGAUCCAGGACAAUUUUAUUCCUUCUUCCAGCCCUGGAGGGGGUAGACCCACGUGCAUCCCGGGGACUUCUCUGACCUGUCCUACUCUCAGCAAAGACAAUGGGAUUAUAGGCAGAGGAGACAGCAGGCAGGCCCCAGCCAGCUACCACACUGCCUGGGAUGAUGGCUGGCCAAGGGCUCCCGGGUCAGCCUGAGUCCAUGGGUUAUCACCUGGCCCACUUGGGGGAGAAUCUUCAGCAAGUCUCUGGAGACCCCCCAAGGGGAGUCUAUGAGCCUCCAGAGGUUCCUGGACCUUGCAUGGACCAAACCUGGGUUUUUGAUCCAGCAAACCAAGAUAUCCCCAGAAUCCUGGGUGCUAACAACAGCCCACAGGUGUUACCUCUUGCAGAACACUACCUUAGAUCAGAUAGGGAUGCCUCACCCAGUUCUUCAAGAGAACGCCAUCACUCGGGGAGAGAUAGCCAGAACAACUCCACCCAGGUCAUGUUCUGGGCCGGCAUCCUACAGGCCCAGAUGUGUGUUCUUGACCUGGAAGAAGAGCUGGAAAAGACAGAUGUGUUCCGAGAAGAACUAAGGCGCUGCAUACCUUCACCCAUGGAGCUCCCAAGCUUCUCCCCAUGUGGCCAAGAUUCCCAGGACAGGGGCAUGGGCCCCAGGUUCUCACACGUUGGGGAGGACUCUGAGGAAGACAGCAGCGGGCCAGAGGAGGAACCCAGAGAGUUUCCCCAGGAUGGGUCCCUAACUUCUCCUGUGGAGUGGGGGGAAGAGGAGGAGAGUUUGUUCUUUGACAAUCCCCUCUUCCUGGAGAGCCCUACCUCAGUCACUAGUACUCACGAAGAGCCUUGUUGGAUCUUCCCAGUAUCUGAUGGAGAGGAGAGGACUGAGCAAGGAAGCCUCGAACCAGAGACUCAGUGGACCCAGAGAUCCCCGCUCGAGGGAGGAAGGGGCUCAAGGAACCUAGAGAAUAAGCCUGAAUCAGUGACUGAGGUUGCUGAUCCUAGUAGGGAGACUGACCCCUUGUAUCCGGUGCCCACCUACAAACUGCAUUAUCAGUCCUGGGCGAAACAGGAUUGUCCUAGUGUGCCUGCCUCUGUCUCCAGUCCUGUAUUGGUGGAGGAGACUUUGUCGGUUCAGGACAGCCACACACCCCAAUGGACUGCAGAGCUUCCCUCCAGUGUGGACAGGCAACUGCUCAGGACUGAGUACAGAGGUCCAGGUGGGAGCAAUGCUGAGCCGGUUUGCCUCCUGGCUCCAGGUCCCUGGCCACCACCUACCUCAUUUCAGGAGCCUGGCAGCCUGACGGUUGGGAUCAGGGGCCUCAGUACUCAAUCCAGCCCCAGCCCUAGCCCCAGCCUUAGCCCUAUUCCGACCCCCAGCCCUGUGCAGCCCCUGGAGGGGAGUUUUCACCAUGACAGUGCCUUCCCUGAGUGGAGAAUACUGGCUGCCUCCUGCCCUUCAUCCUUGGAAAAAGAGGAAGCAGCUUCUGUUUUCCUGAAGAAGACAAGUGAGCCCCUGCCUGCAGAGAAGACAGUGGAGCAUCAAGGGGAAAUCAAGGCAGAAGCAGCUGGGGAGGCUCAGCAGGAUGUCAGCCCAGCACCCCCCAACACCAGAGAACAUCUUAGAAGCACCACAUCCCAUACAGAGCCCCAGGGAGAAGGGCAGAGGCCAGAGGCUAAAGACAAGGUUGCCAAUGGGGUCAACCCUGACCAAGUGGCUUGGAAACUGGCUUCGCGCCUCUACCAUCUGGAUGGCUUCCGGAAAUGCGAGGUGGCUGUGCACCUUCAGAAGAACAAUGACUUCAGCAGGGAUGUGGCUGAGAAAUACCUGUCCUUCUUCCAGUUUAAAGACAAGAGCUUGGACCAAGCCCUUCGGAGCUUCCUCCAGGCUCUGGUGUUGAGUGGAGAGACUCAGGAGCGAGAGAGAAUCCUCUAUCAGUUCUCCAAGCGUUUCCACCAUUGCAACCCUGGGGCCUUCCCAUCAGCAGAUGCUGUCCAUACCUUGACUUGUGCACUAAUGCUCCUUAACACAGAUUUGCAUGGACAGAACAUUGGAAGAAGCAUGACCUGCCAGGAGUUUAUAACCAACCUGAAUGGCUUGAAGGAUGGUGGGAACUUCCCCAAGGAGCAGCUGAAGACACUCUACUGGUCUAUCCGCAGCGAGAAGCUGGAGUGGGCAAUGGAUGAAGAGGAGGAGGUAGCCAUGAAACCAAUGAAGCCCAGGCCGUCCAUUUCAGGCAGCCAGAAGAGACGUAACACCUUCAUUCAGUUGACCCAAGACCCCACCGUACCCACCUACAAGCAAGGGCUCCUCGCUCGAAAGAUGCACGCUGAUGCCGAUGGGAAAAAGACUCCCUGGGGGAAGCGGGGCUGGAAGAUGUUCCACACCCUACUUCGAGGGAUGGUGCUCUACUUCCUCAAGGGAGAAGAGUCCUGUCCGGCAGACUGGCCCGCAGAAGGGCCCAUGCCAGAGGAAGCUGUGGGGGUACAUCACGCACUGGCUGUCCCAGCUGUCCAUUAUACCAAGAAACCUCACGUCUUUCAACUGCGCACAGCUGACUGGCGCCUCUACCUUUUCCACGCCCCAACCGCCAAAGAGAUGACUUCUUGGAUUGCCCGGAUCAACUUGGCUGCUGCCACCCACUCUGCGCCACCCUUUCCUGCUGCUGUGGGCUCUCAGCGGAAAUUUGUCCGACCCAUCCUCCCCACCGGCCCAGCCCGGAGCUCUCUGGAGGAGCAACACCGGUCCCACGAGAGCUGUUUGGACGCGGCCUCUGAUGACCUGAUAGAUCUGCAGAAGAGCUUGCCUGAGCGGAGAGGCCGGAGCCGUGACUUGGAGGAGUACAGGCUCCGGAAAGAGUACCUGGAGUAUGAGAAAACCCGCUAUGAGACCUACACCCUGCUGCUGGUGGCCCGCCUGCGCUGCCCCUCCGAAGACUUGGACCUAUGGGAGAGCCAGCUGGCACAGGAGGCCGAGGGGACCUGGAAACCAGAGCCCAGCCUUAAGAAGUCCCAUUCUAGUCCUUCCCUGCACCAGGAAGAGGCCCCCACCACAGCCAAGGUGAAGAGGAACAUUUCUGAGAGACGGACCUACCGCAAAAUCAUCCCCAAGAGAAACCGAAACCAGCUGUGACCACAGAACUGAACAUGGCCCCUGCCAGGGGUGGACCCAGGAAUCGAUGCCUUACAAAGGAGAGAAACUACCACCCUCAGUCCGACCUGCAUCUCAGGGCUGAGCAGGUCCUGACCCCAGCUGGAUCCCACCCUUGUAGGUGGCUUAUUCCUUUCAGGGAUUUCAGCCUUGGGAGACUGAUGGAGGCAGCCCCAGAUUCCUCCUUUCCCCACUUUUGCAAAUGGUUGUUUUUUCUUCCCCUUUCUUCCAACCCUGUCUGCCACCCAGCUUCAUUGAAGUCACCAAAUUUCUCCCAGCCUUCAACCUCUAAAUCACAUCCCCCACCCUCAACCUCCCUGAAGGAGAGAGAAGUGAAGGUGGAGAAUGAGCCCCACUUCCUCCACCCACCAGAGAAGUCAUGCUUGCUUGUUGGGGGGCAGGGACAGAAGGCAGGGGGAGACAGAGGACAGAUAGAACCAGGCUUCUCCCCUGACCUGAUAUGGGACAUGUUAUCACCCCCUGUUUCUAAAACCCAACUGCUGGACUAGAUAUCUCUACAUUCACUUCUGGUUCUAGGGUGCUAUUAGCCCCCUAGAGUGCUCUGUCUCAUACACACCACCAGAACCAUAGAGGUCCAGAAAAAAAGGGAGUCAAAGGUUCCGAGCUGGAAAGGCCAGGCUGCCUGCUUAGAGAGGCCCCUGGGGAGGAGGUGGAGGUGGGGCCAUCUAUUGACGGCUCUAGGCUCUCCCCCAUCCUGGAGGAAGCCAGGAACCCCCAAGCCCUUGUAUGUGCAGGCUUACAGAGCUCUCUAUGUCAGCCUGGCAAAUAUGGAAGAGAAAAGGUGUGGGCCUAGUCUCUCCCCACUCUCUCCUCCCCACCCAGCUUUGUGGGAGCCUGGCUUCAGCAGGUGUCUCAGGAUUUUUCUCCAAAAGUCCCAGCCCCUCCUGCUUCUUGUCCGUAUUGACUCUCCCUCCUUCCCUGGCCCUGCCAGCUGGGAGAGGCCUCUGGCUUGAACACCCAUUCAGUGAUCAGCCAAGCAGAGCCAAGUGUCUGGGAGUGGGCCCAGAAGGGGGUGGAAGAACCUUCUACUCUCCAGAGAGAAACUCUAGGGCUGAGGAUAGAGACCUGGCACUCUAGGAACAAGUGGCCUUUGUUUCUUGAGGUGUGGGAAAGGGGGUCUCACUGUUGGCCUCUUCCUCCCCCUCCCCAGCCCCAG